GUCCUGCUGGGGCCUGACAGCGACAGAUGCAGCACAUUGACAGGCCCCACGGCCGCGCCUGGAAUCCACGCCUUGCAUCACUCUGCCUGGCCUUCCACUUUCAUUGUGUUCUUUGAGCUUGUCACCAAACCCACUUCCAUUCUCCCUCAGUUACCUACACAUCUUUCUCUUUUCAACCAUCGCCAGACAGACGCGUAAGAAACAAUGGCGGUUGCUCAGGUGCCCCGCAACUUUAAGCUCCUCGCCGAGCUCGAGAAGGGCGAGAAGGGAAUGGGCGCAGGUGCCUGCUCCUACGGUCUCGAAGACCCCGAGGAUAUUCUCAUGACCCACUGGACCGGUACCAUCUGGGGUCCCCCUCACGGCAACCACGAGAACCGCAUCUACGAACUCAAGAUGGAGUGCGGCCCCAACUACCCCAAAGAGCCUCCCGUUAUCCACUUUGUUAGCCAGAUCAACCUUCCCGGUGUCAGCCAAACCGACGGCCGCGUCGAUCCCAACUACGUCGCCAUCCUGCGCGACUGGACUCGCAUCUCGGCCGAGCUUUCGAGAAACCCCCGCCCGAAAGAGGACCCCUUGAGCCUCGAGGCUGCCCUCAUUGCCAUUAGAAAGUAUAUGGAAGAGCACAAGAAGCUCCCGCAGCCUCCCGAGGGCUCCAAGUACCCCAUGUACAAGUAAACAUCUACCGCACGGUCAUUAUCGAUAGAAGCAACAGUCUCUUAAUACAUUCAUAUCAUGUUCUGGUGUUUGGGGUUUUGUUAUGGGAGCUAGGGAAGCAUUGGACAGUUCGUAUGCAAACCAAAGUUAUGGCGUAUUUACCACAAAGGUGACUCGUCCCGACAACUGCGUGAAUCACUCAUCGAGAGCGUUCCAAGGUUAAAAACAAUCUGCGAAUUGAUGUUUGUUAUGUCACCGACCGGUAUUAAUGGACGCACGUGACAGCGCGUUUGUGUUAAAGAUCAGAUAAAACAAUUAUGUCACUGGUCCCAUGUCUCCAC